AUGCUGCUCAGGCCAUUGUCUGAUACAUUCCCUUCGGGAAGCUCCAAACAAUCACCAGGCGAACUGGAUAUUGGCUCGAUACCUCUCAGAAAACUCGGAGUUCCAGGUGGUCUCUCUUAUGGGAAACAAUCGAGCGUCUUAGAUGAAGAAAAGCGUUGUUUUCCGGAAGAUUCUAAGAAUGACGACGAAGAUUUAUCGUUCUACUUGGACAAUAUUCCGAAAACGUUUUCGGGCUCCAUACCGGACCUGUUGCGCCGCUACUCCUCCUCUUCUGAACUUAGCAGUGUGUCUGAGCCACAGAGACCCUACAUCAAGUUACCUGGUAGUGAGGAUGGAGGAGAAGGUUAUAGGGCUCGCUACUACGACAUGAUCCGCAUCCCACCCCCUCCACUCGUCGAAUUUGGCACCCGUUUCCCUCCGGACGAACCAAGCGACGAGGACGAACGAGAUAGCGUCGAUCCCUCUGGCCUGUCGAGAAGGCUUGCCUCCUUGUAUGACUAUUUUGGGUGGCAGGGACGCGAUCGCGGAGGUUCAAUUGAUAGCCAGGACCCAUUUAUCCCGCCUGGAUUACUUGAUCGUGAAGUCGAGGAGGAGCAGCGAGGUAGAAUUGAUUUCAUUGAUUUGUCAAGCGUUUCGAAACGUAUUUCGACUUUGAGCGACGGACCAAGCGAAGAGGAAGAACGAGAUAGCAUCGACUCGGCAAGAAACCUUGCGUCUUCGUUUGGCUGGCAGAGAAUCAAUCGAGGCAAUUCGAUUGACAGCCUGGACCCAUUUAUCCCGCCUGGAUUACUUGAUCGUGAAGUCGAAGAGGAGGAACGAAAUGGCCUUGAUUUGUCAAGCAUGUCGAAAGGUCUUUCGACCUUAAGCGACGAACCCAACGCAGAGGGAAAAGAGGAAGAACGAGAUAGCACCGAUUCGUCUGACCUAUCGAGAAGUCUCGAGUCUUUGUUUGGUGGCUUCGGCUGGCGGGGAAGUGAUCGGGUAGAUUCGUUUGACAGCCAAGACCCAUUUAUCCCGCCUGAAUUACUUGAUCGUGAAGUCGAAGAGGAGGAAGAACGAGAUAGCGUUGAUUUGUCCAGCGUGUGCGAACGUAUGUCGACUUUGAGCGAUUUCUUCGCGUCUUUCAAGAAGAACAAAAAGGGAGAUAAGAGCUCAAAGGGAGGCAACCGAGGAGAUUCAAAUGACAGCCAGCCGCCACGUAGCCCGCCAGGCUUAUGUCGUGAAGGCUCUUCGUCUUCAUCCUCCCGCGAUUCACCCCGCUCGUCUCUUCUUUCCGAGCCCGAACCUAAAUUCAACCCGAAACUGGCCUUAGAUAACGAACGUUAUACGAAAAAGCAACUAUCCCUCUUCGGCGAUUUCCUACGCGCACCGUUCUCGCUCUCAAAUGCCACCACUCCUUCGCCAGUGAUGAAUGAUCUUGGUCCUCUGGAUACAGAAGCACAUGUCGAUUGCUAUUGCAAUCGGUGUCGCCUCUUGGACUAUGCGUUGACGCGUGACUUUGACGAAAUUCAUCCGUUUGCUUUGGUUAAUCUUAAAUAUGCUAAGGGUUUGGAUGAUGAGGGAAAUUAUAUAUAUUAA